UGAAGCGUAGAAGAAGAUUUUAAGUCAGGGAAACGGAAAUGUCAGCCGAGUGACUGCAUAAUAUCUGUACUUUAAAAUUUAGGAUGGAAUGCUAGUUUAGAGGAACAAACCGUCAUAUAACAUCGUCAAAGAGAAAGCUGCGAAUAUGACAAAUGUUUAUUCAUUCGAUGGCAUCCUUGUCUUCGGGCUGCUUUUUAUCUGCACUUGUGCAUACCUCAAAAAGGUGCCUCGCCUCAACAACUGGCUGCUGUCAGAGAAAAAAGGAGUGUGGGGUGUGUUCUACAAAGCUGCAGUAAUUGGGACAAGGCUUCACAUCGCUGUGGCAGUAUCUUGCCUGGCCAUGGCCUUCUACAUUGUCUUCUUAAAAUGAUGGUGAGGCUAGAUGGGAAAGGACAAACUUUUCAGAGAGGGGAUGGACUCAUCUCUGCAGUCACGUGUUAAUCCUUGUUGUUGGGACACCUUUUGGAUUCUAUGACUGAUGAACCCCCGCUGGACCUUUGGACCCAUGUGAAAGUGAAGUCAGUGCUGCCCCCUUCUGAUGACUGGGUACACAGCUUCUACCUUAAUAUUAUGUAUGCACUACAGAUGUGAAGUACUCCACAGUUAUUUCAGUGGAGGGAGAGCGCUGGGUCACAUGGUAACAUUCUGUUGUUGGGUAGUACUGUCUGACGUCUCCAUUCACCCCACGUAAUAAUUAAUACUGAAGGAUGCAGAAGAUUGAAGGGCUGUGUGUGCAUUAUACCUUACACCUGUAUACAACUUAAAAAUAGCCUACCUGUGUAUAUUUGGAAAUAAAAAUAACGCUAGUUAUUUGCUAGAGGUUACAUGUGAUCAAAGUGAAAAUGAUCAACUCUGCUCAUGCCCAGCAACUCUUUUUGUUUGUUUGUUUGUUUGUUUCUUCUGUCAGUGGUGGAGGGAAAGAUAAAAGCUAAUAUAUAAAAAUGUCCAUGUGUACACUUUUAUUUACUUUUUUUGGAUCUCCCAUGUUAACAUUUUUUUAGGUUAGAAAAAUACAGAUUUUAAAUAAGUGUAUGUUGUAUAUACUUUGUUAUCAAAAUGUAUACUGGAUAACAUGUUUUAAAUGUCACACAUUAGACUGUAAUUAAAAUUCUGUCAAAACUCUGGAGAAACGAGUAGUACCUGCAACAGAUGAGGUAUAUCUCAAAAUUUUGCAAAAAUGUGUUUGCCGUGUCUUGCUUGAAGACUUACAAGCAAUGCCAAAUAGGGAUGGUGCUUCUCAUGCCAUUUUAAAUGUAUACCGCUGUUAUGACUUCAUUUCUGUCACAUUAUUUCUAUUCUCAAAAGAAGAAAUUGUUUUGGGAGGGAAUGCAAUGCAAUUUUAAGUAAAAUGUUGAUCAUACAAUUUCUAUGUAUUGUUGUCUUUAAAAAAAAAAAAAGUUUAUCUGCACUGAUUAGCCACUUUAUUAGAUAUGCCAGUUCAAAUGUUAAACGUACAUAUCUAGUUGGCCAAUCUCAUGGCAACAGUUUAAUGCAUUGAGGCAUGUCAAGGUGAAUUGCUGAAGUUCAAACCCGCCAUCCGAGUGAGAAAGAAGCAGCAUGGUAUAUGUUGCCAGAUGGGUUGGUCUGAGCAUUUCAUAAACUUCUGAUCUAGGAUUUUCCUCAUCUUUCAGACUAUUCUCUCUAAACGGUCUAAAGAAUAACCAGUGAGUGGCAGUUCUCUGGGUGAACAUGAAUCGUUGAUACCAGAGGUCAGAGGAGAAUUACCAGACUGGACUGAGCUGGUGGCUAGUCAACAAUAACUCAAAAAGCUACUCGUUGCAACCAACAGAAGAUAAUACAUGGAGCCUUGAAGCAGAUGAGCUACAGCACCAGAACACCACACCAGAUGUUAUAAGUUUGGCAAUAUAAGAUUGGAAAGAUGACGCCUAGUAUGAUGAAUCUUAGUUCCUGCUGCAAUAUUCAGAUGGUAGGGUCAGAAUUUGAUUUUAAAAACAUAAGCAAAGAUCCAUCCUGCCUUGGACUUGUAUUCCAGGCUGCUGUUGGUGUAAUGAUGUGGGGGAUAUUUUCUUGGUUCACUUUGGGCUCCUUAAUACCAAAUGAGCAUUGUUUAAACACUGUAGCCUACCUGUGUAUUUCUGCUGAUGAUGUCCAUAUCCUUAUGACCACAGUGUAUCCACCUUCUGAUGACUGCUCCCAUGUCACAAAGCUCAAAUCAUUUUCUUGAACGUGACAAUUACUGUACUCAAAUGGCCUCUUCCAAAACCUUGCUGAAUCUGUACAAUUACAAAUUAAACUAGUUCUGAAGAGAACAGGGGGUCCAGCCCAAUACUAUUAGGUUUUACCUAAUAAAGUGACCAGUGAGUGUAUAAAAUAUA